CUACAGCUUGCACGCUCAAGUCCAUGGAUAGUUUUAACUUUUACACAAACGUGGUGUAUCUUGAAUGUUGUUGGGCCCCUCCGGUUAAUAAUAUUUCUAACCACAGCUUUUCAAAAAUCUUAUUUUUCUCCCCAAAAGAUUUUAUUUUUAUGCCAACAUUUCAUCUGCAUUAUUAAUCUACACAGAUAUUCAUGCUUCCUGCAACCUUAGCAAGAUUCUUGAAAGGAGAGCAAUUGAACUCUUUAGUAUUAUUGAUUUUCUCUUUUUCAAUUUUCACAUAUUCAAAUUUCUUUAGCCCACCAAGUUUUGUGGGUGGGUUUCUAAGUGAAGUUUUUGCUUCUCUAGUUACCUGGGAUUGCAUAAUUUGUCAUAUAAUGUCUUGAAGCUGGGACAUUUGAAGUUGGGAAGCUGUUUUGAAAGAAUGGCUAUUAAAACUGGGUUUCAGUAAAUUGAGUUAAACUGACAAAAUAUCUGUGAGAAGAGUGGGAAGCUCUGGUGCCCUUAUUUCCUUGUGAGGGUACAAAUGACUCAUGAAGGGAUUGCAGUUUUCAUGGUCUCGUUCAGUCGUAACUUCUUCAAUUCACUAGACCUGAAUUAUUUCAUUAUGGAUCAAGAAAGCACACAGGAUGUAAAACCUAAUAAUAACAGUAUUAUUCCAAAUGAUUCACAAAAUGUACAACUAAAUAUUGCAUCAGAGACUCCUGUACAGGACUCGGGUUCUGUUUCUACUUCAAGCAAUAACAAUCGAAAAGUUUCGCGUGAGGAUAUCGAACUUGUUCAGAAUUUAAUCGAACGGUGUCUGCAAUUGUAUAUGAAUCGAGAUGAGGUGGUAAAGACUCUACUCAAUCGAGCUAGGAUUGAUCCUGCAUUCACUACAUUGGGUAGCAUAGCAAUUGAAACCAGUACUGCUGCUGAUGUGUCACCCGUUAUGCCUCCGAACGGAACAAUUUCGGAUAUGCCUGUGAGCCCCUCAUCAGUGGCUUCAAGUGGCCAACUUCCUUUCAUUGGAGUCGAAAAUUCGGGCCUCGACACAGCUUUUACGUCUGAUGUGGCGAGUUCGGUGGGCCUACAGCUUACGACAGAUAACGGGGCAGGGAAUAUUCCAAGAGAUUCCCUGAGGUCGUUUGAUGAUAUCCCGUGGAAUUUUGUUCCCUUGAAUUUUUGCCUCUCGGAUCUAACAGCCGAUUUAUUGAACUUGGGAGAUUUAGGAGCUCUUGGAAACUACCCCGGCUCUCCAUUUUUGCCUUCUGACUCGGAUAUUUUACUCGAUUCUCCAGAGCAAGAAGAUAUAGGUAAGAGUGAUAUACAUUUUUCCGAUCACUUU